AUGUAUCUAAAAAUAAUCAUCUUGCCAAACAAUUUUUUUACAUUUUAAUUAGCUGUAGCCAAACAGAGAAGAGGAAGCUAGUUUACGAAAUGAGUAUUUCCGCGGUGCCCACUGUACUUGGAAACCUACCUCACUCAAAUUCAUAUUCUAAAUCAAAUGAUCCAAACCUUCGUAGAAAUAUCAUCUCAAUCUUGCAGAAGAACCGCAAGGACAUCAAACAUAUCAAAUCAAUACACGCCAAAGCCAUAAAGAACGAAACAGAGCAAGACCCUUUUGUCAUCUUCGAACUUCUUCGUCUAUACUGCAACCUAAACUCAUUGGACUAUGCCACCAGACUUUUUCACUGCACUGAAAACCCAAACGUGUACCUUUACACUUCCCUCCUUGAUGGGUUUGUGUCCUUUGGCUCUUACAGCGACGCCCUUAAUUUGUAUAGUCAAAUGGCCCACAAGCACGUUUUGGCUGAUAACUAUGCAGUCACUUCGGUGUUGAAAGCAUGUGUGCUUCAACGUGCUUUGGGAAGUGGCAGAGAGGUUCAUGGUCAGGUUUUUAAAUCUGGGUUAUGUUUGGAUAGGUCAAUAGCGUUGAAGCUCCUUGAGUUGUAUGGGAAAUGUGGUGAGUUAGAAGAUGCGUGGAAGGUGUUUGAUAAAAUGCCUGAACGAGAUAUCGUUGCGUGCACUGUUAUAAUGGGUUCAUGUUUCGAUAAUGGGAUGGUUGAGGAGGCGAUUGGGGUGUUCAAUGAACUUCAGACUCGGGACACGGUUUGUUGGACUGCUACGAUAAACGGAUUGGUGAGGAAUGGGGAAUUGAAUAGGGGUUUGGAGAUGUUUAGAGAAAUGCAAGUGAAGGGUGUGAAGCCUAACGAAGUUACCUUUGUUUGUGUCUUAUCUGCUUGCUCGCAGGUCGGAGCUUUGGAGCUCGGUCGAUGGAUUCACAUGUACAUGCGCAAGUGCAAUGUCAAGCUUAAUCAAUUUGUUGCAGGCGCAUUGAUCAAUAUGUAUUCGAGGUGUGGUGAGAUUGAUGAGGCACUAGCUUUGUUUAAUGAGAUAAAAGUAAAGGAUGUGUCUACUUAUAAUUCCAUUAUUGGUGGAUUGGCCUUGCAUGGGAAGAGCAUGGAAGCGAUAGAAUUGUUUAGGGAAAUGCUUAAGCAGAAGCUUAGGCCAAAUGAUAUAACCUUUGUUGGCGUCUUGAAUGCUUGCAGCCAUGGAGGGUUGGUGGAGCUGGGUUAUGAGAUUUUUCAAUCAAUGGAAACAGUUCAUGGGAUUGAACCACAAGUAGAACACCGUGGCUGCAUGGUUGACAUUCUUAGUAGGGUAGGUAGGCUUGAAGAGGCCUUUAACUUUAUUCGGAGGAUGGGAGUACAUGCGGAUAAUAAAAUGCUCUGUGCUUUAUUAAGUGCUUGUAAAAUCCAUAGAAACGCUAAGAUAGGAGAACAGGUUGCAAAACUUUUGAGAGAAUAUUGUAGGAUAGAUUCUGGAUCCUACGUAAUGUUGUCAAAUUUCUAUGCUUCUUUGGGAAAAUGGAAUGCUGCAGUAGAAGUUAGAGAAAAGAUGGAGAAGGGUGGAAUCCUGAAGGAACCUGGUUGUAGUUCUAUUGAAGUCAAGAAUGCAAUACAUGAAUUCCUUUCAGGAGAUCUUAGACACCCCGAGAUGAAAAGAAUACACAAAAAGUUGAAGGAGUUAAACUAUAUGGCAAAAUUGGCGGGUUAUUCACCGGCAACAGAGAUGGCUUUACAUGAUAUUGAUGAUAAACAAAAGGAAUUGGUUUUGGCAGUACAUAGUGAGAGACUUGCGAUAUGCUAUGGACUAAUCUCAACUGAACCAUACACAACAUUGAGAAUUGUGAAAAAUUUGAGGAUUUGCGAUGACUGUCAUGCAAUGAUCAAGCUCAUAGCAAAGAUUACUAGCAGAAAAAUUGUGGUUAGAGAUCGCAAUAGAUUCCACCAUUUUGAAAAUGGAGAUUGUUCUUGUAAGGAUUACUGGUGAGGAAUAACAAGUUUGAGUAUAAUUAUGUUGCAACCCAAUCCAAUGGGCUUAAGGAAGACAGGCCCGAAGCAGCCUCCGUACUUGAUGGACUAUUUUCAGUGACAUUAUUGUUUAAAG